CCCAAAAGGGUGGGGGCAGUAGCAGGGGCAUUUUGAGGGGGGAAGGUACUAUGGCUAUGAUCACCUAGGGACAUGGGAGGGGCACCUAAGGACAGGGGUAGGGUAGGGUGGAUGAUGGACACCUAGGCUCAGCCAGAGGCCUGUCAAUGCCUCCUACCUCCCAGACCAGAACAGGCCCAGAAACUGGGGCAAGACUCCUUGGACCCUCCCGAACACUUCCAGGGUGGGCUGAGGGGCACUGAGCCUGCUGCUGGUCCCCUGAGAUUGCCAGCACCCUCUUCCAGUGAGGACCCAGCUGGGGGCAGACACCGUGAGACCCCCAGGCCCCUAUGUCCACACUUCUAGGAGCCUUGAAAACCUGGAGAUUCUGUCCAGGCCCGGCUCCACUGGGAAGGACUCCAGGUGGGAGCAGCCCUGGUGCACACCAGAGAUGGACUCUGCUACAGAAGGAGCCUGCAGAAGAGGGGUGGCAAUGGAAGUGGGGGCAAGGUCUGGAUUGGCCCGCCGACCCUGACUCAGUCCCCUGUGUUCCCCAGCACCUCAUCUCUGGCCAGGAAGUAUUGGAGGCUGAGCAGGACAGCCUAUCCCUUUGCCUGUUGGGGCUGGGCCUCCGGCUGCAGGACCUAGAGCAAGGCUUGGGGCCCUGGGCAUCAGCCCAGAGCGGGAUGGUCCAGCUGCAGGCCCUACAGGCAGACCUACGUGGAGCAGCUGAGCGUGUAGAUGCACUGCUGGCAUUCGGUGAGGGGCUGGCACAGCGGACUGAGCCUCAGGCCCGGGCAUCCCUGGAGCAGGUCCUGAGGGCCCUCAGAGCCCACCGAGACGGCAUCUUUCGGCGGCUGUGGUGGCUGCAGGCCCAGCUGGUCAGCUACAGCCUGGUAUGGCCCACCCUGGCAGUCCCCACCCAAGGUACCAAUUCCACAACCCCCAUGACUCUGUCCUCUGACCAGGUGUUCGAGGAGGCCAGUACACUGGACCAGGACUUGGAAGUUGAGGGGGACUUGGACGGGCCAGGACCUGGUGGGGCCUGGGAGCCCUGGGCACCCAGUGGCCUCCCUACUCCUGCAGAGUUGGAGUGGGACCCGGCAGGGGAUGUUGGAGGCCUCAGGCCCUUGGGGCGAAAGACAGCCUGGACACCAGGAGCUCCCUGUGAGCUAUGUGGCCACAGGGUCCCCGAGGGCAGGGGACAAGGCCUUGAGGUGAGAGCAGGACAUGCUCAUGUCGGGCUUCAGCCACCGGAAACACUUAGCAGGUCAGCGAAGACGCUCUCUGCUCCGGAAGCCUCAGGACAAGAAGCAGGCAUCUCCCAACCUGCAGGAUGUGAUGUUGGAGGUAGACCCUGGAGCCCCUCCUCCUGCAUCCAGGUGGUCCCUGACCUUCCUCAUUCUCCUCCUCUUCCUUCUCCUCGUGGGUGCCACAUUGCUCCUGCCACCGUCAGGGGGGUCCUGCUGCUUUCCUGCCCGACUGGCCAGGACACCUCAUCUGGUGCUCAGCUAUGUCAAUGGUCCCCCCCCAAUCUGAGAACAUGGCCCAGACAUAUGUAAUAAAUGGUCAGUGUCCAAGGAUGUGUCUUAGUCCAU